UUUCACGUAUAUUGCAACCCGUCGAAUCAAGUCUCUAUCUCCGUUGUCUCUCCCUCUCCUCUCUUGCAGCUCCAAACCCUUGCCCUCUCGUAUCCUUACUACUUCCGACGACGGUGAUCGGUGUUCACCACCGCGUUAUCCUAGUCAACUCAGUUGCCCACUCUCCUUUCUCUCUUUCUUCUAGCUAGUUUCAGGUUUUUGAUACAAUUCGGGUGUUUGGAUACUGGGGAAAAUGGAUUUGGUUUCUGGUUACAAGGGAAUGGUUGGGCUGGUUUUUGGAAAUGAGAAUUCUGGUUCAAGUGAAGAUAGCUAUGUUGAACGCUUGCUUGAUCGUAUAAGCAAUGGUGCGCUAGCAGAAGAUAGAAGGACUGCUGUUGCUGAACUGCAGUCUGUUGUAGCAGAAAGUCGUGCUGCCCAGCUAGCAUUUGGAGCAAUGGGCUUUCCAAUACUCAUGGGUGUCCUGAAGGAAGAGCGUGAUGAUGUUGAAAUGGUUCGAGGUGCUCUAGAAACUCUUGUAAGUGCCUUGACUCCUAUAGAUCAUGGAAAAGGGCCAAAGAAUGAGGUUCAACCAGCUUUAAUGAACACUGAUUUGCUUUCCAGAGAAGCAGAAAACAUUUCUCUUCUUCUGAGUUUGUUGACAGAGGAGGAUUUCUAUAUACGGUAUUAUACACUUCAGCUAUUGACAGCUCUUCUUACAAACUCGCCUAAUAGGUUACAGGAAGCAAUUCUGACUAUUCCUCGUGGGAUCACUCGGCUUAUGGAUAUGCUUAUGGAUCGUGAGGUUAUAAGGAAUGAGGCCUUGUUACUUCUUACUUACUUGACCCGUGAAGCUGAGGAAAUUCAAAAAAUUUUGGUCUUUGAGGGUGCAUUUGAGAAGAUCUUUAGCAUCAUUAAGGAGGAAGGAGGAUCAGAAGGAGGUGUUGUUGUGCAGGACUGUCUUGAAUUGUUGAAUAAUCUCCUCCGUAAUAAUGCAUCUAAUCAGAUACUAUUGAGAGAGACUAUGGGCUUUGACCCCCUGAUAUCAAUUCUGAAGCUUCGAGGAAGUACCUACAGUUUUACACAACAAAAGACGAUAAAUCUUCUCAGUGCAUUGGAAACCAUUAACUUGCUACUGAUGGGAGGUCCAGAAGCCGAGUCUGCGAAAGAUGCCAACAGGUUGUUGACCAAUAAAACAGUCUUGGUUCAGAAAAAGGUUUUGGACCAUCUUCUGAUGUUGGGAGUUGAGAGCCAAUGGGCUCCUGUUGCAGUACGUUGUGCGGCACUUCAAUGCAUUGGUGAUUUGAUUGCUGGGUACCCUAAGAAUCUCGAUGCUCUUGCAAGUAAAGUCCUUGGAGAGGAGCCACAUGUAGAACCUGCUCUGAAUUCUAUUCUCCGUAUCAUUUUGCGGACCUCUAGUGUGCAAGAAUUCAUUGCAGCUGACUAUGUUUUUAAGUGCUUUUGUGAGAAAAAUUCUGAUGGCCAAACCAUGUUGGCAUCCACAUUAAUCCCUCAACCACAUUUAAUGACUCAUGCUCCACUUGAAGAGGAUGUGAACAUGUCAUUUGGGAGCAUGCUUUUACGUGGUCUUACGUUGAAUGAAAAUGAUGGUGAUCUUGAGACUUGCUGCAGAGCUGCUAGUGUUCUUUCUUACAUACUGAAGAACAAUAUACAGUGCAAGGAAAGGGUCCUGCGAAUUGAACUUGAGGCACCUAUGCCUUCCCUUGGAGCCCCAGAGCCAUUAAUGCACCGUAUGGUGAAGUACUUGGCUCUUGCAUCUUCCAUGAAAAGUAAAGAUGGAAAGUCAAGCCCAACUGGAAACCUGUAUGUUCAACCUAUUAUUCUGAAACUUCUGGUCACCUGGCUAGCAGAUUGCCCAAAUGCAGUACACUGCUUCCUCGAUUCACGCCCCCACCUUACAUAUCUGCUGGAGUUAGUGUCAAAUCCAUCUGCAACUGUGUGCAUAAGGGGGCUGACAGCAGUUCUCUUGGGUGAAUGUGUUCUCUAUAAUAAGUCUAGUGAAAGUGGGAAGGAUGCUUUUACAAUAGUUGAUUCCAUAAGCCAGAAAGUUGGACUGACUUCAUACUUUCUGAAGUUUGAUGAGAUGCAAAAAAGCUUUCUUUUCUCCUCGGCAAAGCCAGCCCAGCCCCGUAAAGCCUUAACAAGGUCUAAUGCCGCUAGUAUGGCUGAGAUUGAAGAUGUUGAGGAGAAUGAUUCAAGCAAUCAGAAUGAGGACCAUCCAAUUCUCAUAUCUACUUUUGAUGCUCAAUUUGUUAACCUUGUGAAAAAAUUGGAGUUGGAUAUUAGAGAAAACAUUAUAGAGGUUUACAGUCAGCCAAAGAGCAAGGUGGCAGUGGUGCCAGCAGAAUUAGAACAGAAGAGUGGGGAAAGUGAUGGAGAUUAUAUCAAGCGGUUGAAGUCAUUUGUGGAGAAGCAGUGCUCUGAGAUACAGGAUCUUCUUGGUCGGAAUGCAAAUUUGGCUGAGGACCUGGCCAAGACAGGUGGGGGCAGUAUUUCCCAACCCGAGCAGAGAGCUGGUGGUGCCUCAGAGCGAGUUCAGGUGGAGACACUCCGAAGAGAUCUUCAAGAAGCAUCUCAACGUUUGGAGAUGCUCAAGACAGAGAAAGCCAAGAUUGAAUCUGAGGCAUCCAUGUAUCAAAAUUUAGCUGGGAAGAUGGAAUCUGAUCUGCAGAGCUUAUCUGAUGCUUACAACAGUCUAGAACAGGCCAAUUACCAUCUGGAAAAGGAGGUGAAAGCUUUAAAGAGUGGAGGGGCCACCCCAAGUCCUGAUAUUGAUGCAAUAAAGGCAGAGGCAAGGGAAGAAGCCCAGAAGGAGAGUGAAGCAGAGUUGAAUGAUUUACUUGUGUGCCUUGGGCAAGAGCAGAGCAAAGUGGAGAAGCUGAGUGCAAGGUUGCUGGAGUUAGGAGAGGAUGUAGACAAACUGCUUGAGGGGAUUGGUGAUGAUAUGGGGCUACCUGAAGAUAGUGAAGACGAAGAAGACUGAUGAUACUUUUUCUUGUGAGUUUUUCUAUGUUUAAAGUUAGUCUUUUCCUAGCAAGGGCUGGUUGUGUUGACUGCUCCUUUGUACAUUUCUUGGUGAAUUGUACAGUCUAUUGGUAUUGCUAAUGAUGGUGAAACACUGGGGACAAUAUAAUCAUCUGCUGAAGGUGGGCUUAUAUUUAUUAUUCCUUGAGACCUUCCUGGAUCAUUUAUGUUAAUGUUUGCUUUGACUA